AAGAGCACAUGAUGAAUCACAUGACUUCGUCGAUAAAAUCUUCACAAGAUUUUAGAGCGACACAACGAAUGGUUUGUUGAUAAAUUAUGUAAUUCCUAACACCAAAUGCAAAGAAAACCUAGCUCAUAGGACCCUCCGAAUUAAAUGUGACGUAACAUAACAGGGCCCGAAUAGUACAAAUAUCGAAAUAAAACGUAGAAACUUGAGCUACUUGUUAUCAUAAUUCUUAUGGUGUAAGGUCAUCAUUAUUCAAGGGCCAUGUUGCCAUAGUUGGCAGGACACAACAUUUUCAAUCACACAAAUUCCUGUUGGCUCGAAAUAACUACGAUUCUUGAAAGACAAAUGCAUGUGACUGCAUUUGUGUAGGUCUUUCGAGUUUCGUAGACCACCACAUAUCAAUUUUUUAGAAAUAUAUAUGAAGUGUUCUUCCUCUCUUUCUACCCUAUAUAUACAAGACCGUUUUCUUGAUUAAUAUAUAGCCAGCAACAAGUCUUCAAAAUACGAUACAUCUCUCAGCUUUUAUUCUUUCCAACCAAAAAAAUUUAUUCCACGUACACAAGACUCGAUUUAUACAAAAAUGGCCAUCCGUCAAAUACUAAGACGAUCUUUAUCCAACGAAAGAAGAUCGGUUGAAGUACCAAAGGGGCAUUUUGCUGUUUAUGUUGGGCAAAAUGAGAAGAAGCGCUUCGUUGUUCCAUUGUCGUAUUUAAACCAUCCUUCGUUUCAAGAAUUGCUAUGCCAAGCUGAAGAAGAAUUCGGAUUCCACCAUCCGAUGGGUGGCCUCACAAUUCCUUGCAGUGAAGAUCUAUUUGUUGAUUUAACAUCUCGUUUGAGCAGAACACGAUUGUAUAUGUAACUAUAUAGAUAUGUUUAGUAGGAUCACCGUUUUGCAGAUAUACAAGAUAGUUAGUUAAUCAGCAAAAUAAAUGUUUUGCAAGCACAAAUUUAUAGCAUACAUGAAAAUUUUGAGCCAUUUUAAGAUGCCAAAGCAUUAUUUGGUUUGAAUAUCAUCUGUUCAUACUUCAGUUUUCUCACUGCA